AUGGCCCAGUCGGCUGUCAGCUGUUGGCAAAAAGCCUUUGCCAAAUUGCCCCCGAAAACCCAAGAGGCCCUCAAUAGCAUCCAAAAAACCAAUCCUACAUCGGGCAGCUCAUCUGCUGAGAUUGACAGCGUCAUUACACUCUCGAAAGCGAAGCAAGCACAAUGUGAGUCGAAACAGUGGGUAGUCAAAAUAGGCUCUCGUCAAGUCAAUGUGCGACAUGCAUUCUCUAGGAUGGUUGACUGGUUGGAUAAAUUCAAGGCCUUUGGUGAUAUGGCCAUGAAUGUUGACCCAGUCCAUGCCGCGCUUCCAUGGGCCGCCUUCCGCUUCAUCCUCCAGUCCUUCAUCACGGAACGAGAGCAGAUGGGAUAUAUCGUAGCCAUCAUGGAAGACGCAGCGCGUCUGGUGCACCAUGGCAGAGUUUUUGAGAACCUGUAUCUUGGGGCCAGCUCCCGGUUACAAGGCCCCAUUGGCCAAGAGCCUCUAGAUGACUUGCGAAGCGAUACUGUGGAAUUGUAUGUCGCCAUACUAGAUGGCUUAACAUUCUGCUGCUCGCAAAUGCAGAAACACACUAUUCUCCGGGUGGGAAGCGCUUUGUUAAAACCGGAGGAUGCCAAGAAGGCAUCAGAACAGCUUCAUAAUCGAUGGGUGAAGCUCAAAGAACAAGCGCAAAAGUGUGAUAGCUUGCGAAUCCUCCAAAUCUCGGACGAGAUUCAACGCCAUCUUCCCGGCGUAUUUUCAACUCUCGACAAAAUCCUCAUUAAAAUGCAGAAUCAGGAGCGCAUCGAGAUCCUGAAAAGGAUUUCUGCUACCCCUUACCGAGGUCACCACAUCGACAUCCAAGAAAGGAGAACUACGGGUACUGGGGAGUGGAUUCUACAGGCCGAAGAAUUCCAACAGUGGCAAGCCUCGGAGACCUCAACCAUCACACUGUUAUAUGGCGCACCUGGCGCUGGGAAGACAUUCUUGACUUCUCGAGUUAUUGAUCAUGUUGAGCAAUCGUCGAAGUUAGAAGGCUUUGCAUAUUUUUACUGCAAAAGGGAUGAGGAAGACCGAAGUCAGCCAGUGCCCAUACUCCGGAGUUUAGUUCGUCAGCUCUCAUCUCCCUUCCAGCGGUUGGGAGAGAUCCAUCAAGAGGUUCAGACCUUGGCCCAAAACAUGGAGGCACAAGCUUUGACUUUCAGCGUUAGCUUAUGCCAGAACAUUCUAGCAAAACUGGUCUCAUCUUACAGGGACACGACUAUCAUUCUGGAUGCACUGGAUGAGUGCAACAUGGACAAAAGAAACCACCUAAUGGAUUGUCUCAGCCAGUUAAUAGACCGCCAGUCAAAUUUGAAAAUAUUCAUAUCCAGCCGAAAAGAUGCAGAUAUCACCAGGCAUUUUGAGUCACAACCAAUCAUUGAGAUUCAAGCAAUCAAUAAUCAACAUGAUAUUGAAUCGUUUGUCAAGGAGGAGCUUGCUCGGGACCAAAGGUGGGACAGCUUAAAACCAAAACUCAAGGACAAAAUCAUAUCAACCUUACACCGCAUGAGUCAAGGAAUGUUUCAAUGGGCAGCUCUACAGGUACAGCACCUUAUACAAUUGACUUUCUGGAGCGAGAGCCUCAUCGAGGACCGUCUCGGAAAACUCCCCAAAACUCUUGAAAAGGCCUAUGAUGAGAUCUGGCAGAUGAUUCUCCUCAAAGGCGGCAUAGAAACCCGGUUGGCCCAACGCGCCAUAUGUUGGGUUCUAUGUUCUCCUCAUCCGUUAUCAACAAAAGAGCUCUCAAUCGCUAUCAAAAUUGAGAGCAAUAGCUGUGACAGGUUGUUUGAUUUCCAUGAGACGCUCAUGGAGAAGGACAUACUUUCCUUGUGUUGCAAUCUAUUAAAGCUGGAGAAAGAGGCGGGUAAAUGGCAAUUUUGCCACCUGUCUGCUACAGAAUACAUCGAAAACCGGCUGGUCGAUCAGCUUCAGCCAUAUAGGAAGACGGCGGUGGCUUGUAUCAAAUAUCUUCUUGCAAUGUGUCAUUGCCAGGCUAGGUGGAAUUUUCAUCUUGACUAUUUGAUUAGCCGAGAUUGGCCCAAGUUUAUGCAACGACAAGAAAUUGCCCAGGACGCACUGCUUUGCCAGCUCCUAUUUCGAUUUUUGGGCUCCCCACAUACGAGCAGCAGAGAAUACCGAACUUGGGCGACCAAAACUGCUUUUUUACGGGCAGAUUGGUCAUCAUCUUCAUCAGCCCUCUGGGCCAUUUGCGAUUCAGGGCUGAUCUGGGUCCUCGAAGAAUGGUGUAAGAACAAUCCCAAAAUCGAUAUAAACUCAUGCGAUGAAGAUAAUCAAUCACUCCUUUUUCUGGCAGCCAACAGAGGCCAUGAUGAGCUGUGCCGUUUUCUUCUUCGCAAGGGCGCGGAUAUCAAGAGGGGAAGCCAUAAUCCUCUGAUGACAGCCUGCGAAAACGGCCACAAAGCUACGGUCCGGGUCUUGAUCGAAGCAGGUGCUGAAAUUAAUAAGGUAUAUGGAGGGGUAAAAGAAGGCCAAACCCCGAUGCAAGUCGCCGUAUCAGAAGGACAUACAUCCAUUGUGCGACUGGUCCUAGACCAUCAGGGAGAUGUCAAUCUCAAAAAUCUUGCCGGCUCCACAGCACUUGAUAUUGCAAUUCGGAGAGGACGCAAGAUCAUGAUUCCACUUCUACUACAGCAUGGAGCCAGGCUUGGAAAUCCGAGCUUUGCUUUGGUGGGCGCUGCUCGGAACAACAUGGUCGAUUGGAUUGAGAAGUGCAUUGAUGCGGGUGCUGAUGUAAAUGCUUGCUCUGAUGAGCACUUGACUGCUUUAAUCACCGUUUCAAUUUCCGGCUCUUUCGAAGCUAUUGAAAGGCUGGUAGAAUUGGGGGCAGAUGUUAACUCAAUCAAAAAUGGUCAAACUGCUCUGAUCGGUGCAGCUCGACAUGGAGACCUUAGAGCCAUUCAGCUCCUACUAAGCAAAGGUGCCAACCCCAACAUCCACGACCAGGAGACGAGCCCGCUCAUCGAGGCAACUUGCUAUAUUUUCAAAAUCCACUGUCUAGAAGCUCUCCUGUGUGCUGGUGCCAAUGUCAAUUUUGCGUCCAGAAUCUCAGGACUUACGGCUCUGAUUGCAGCUGUGAUGAACGACAGGCCAGAUCAGAUCGAAACCCUGCUAAGGGCGGGAGCUGAUCCCAAUCUUGGCACCAUGAGGCUCUCCCCUCUUACCGCCGCUCUUGGCCAUGGACACCAUACUCAUCAUGACUCGGAAACCACAGCGCGUAUUCUAUUAGAUGCAGGCGCCGAUCCUAAUUACAACAAUGGCUUCUCAAACAGCCUCUGCAUUGCGGCAGUUGAUGCUUCCUCUGAGACACUUUGGCGGCGUUUGAUCGAGCUGGGGGCUGAUCCUAAACUUACAUUCAAAGAAGGUCCUGGCAGCGCACUAGCAACUGCGGCACUUCAUGGUAACAUCCAAUUUUGUGAUUUCUUAUUAUCUCCAGAACUGGGAGUUAAUCCAAACGCUCGGUUGCAUGGGUCCUUUGAUAACGCCUUAAUUGCAGCUGUCAGAGGGGAAGAGGUGAGAGAUGAGGAGUCCUGUAUCACGUCUAAUAUUAAAGCUCGCUUCAAACCCUGGUCGCCAACUGGCGAGGGUUCCGAUAGGAAAUUCUCCUCCGUGGAUAAAACCAAUGACCACUUUAAGCAACAAUUUGAAGAAGAUUCUGAAGACGGUUUCAACAAGAUGCUUAACAACCUAAGCCGCGAUAGGCUCAAAGAGAUUUUAAACUGGACAGGCAAGAGGCCCUUGGAAUCAUACGACGAAAGGUCAAAUAAGAACUUCAACAAAAGAAACGAUGCCAUACAUGAUACCACAGAAUAUGGUCUCAACGCGAUUGAGAUUCUCUUACGGUCUGGCGCUGACGUUCCUAUGCCCAUAUACCGCGCUCUGGGCCCCGGCAUCCCUCACCUGCAACUUUGGGGCUUGGUCCCGUAUAAUAUGGGAAGUCUCUUCAGGGCCGGCUCCCCGCUUACCUUUCGAUCGAGAGAUGCGGCGAUGUGGACUCCAGUCUUCACUUCCCUCUCCAUCCUGCAUCAUCAUAAAACUCUCUUCUGCGUCGGGGUCAUCGGCUUGUACCUACGUUUCUAUACAACUUUGUAG